UUGGAGUUCCAGUGGGCCAGCGAGACAGGGUGGGCACGGAGCCUCCCAGGCUGGGGCAGUGGGCAUGGGCGGGGGCUGUGGCUGAAGACCACCCCCGCCCACUGCAGACCCCACGGGACUUCCACACCGCAGCUGCCAUGGCCACCAAUAAGGAACGACUUUUUGCAUCUGGUGCCCUUGGGCCUGGAUCUGGCUACCCAGGAGCAGGCUUCCCCUUCGCCUUUCCAGGGGCACUCAGGGGGUCUCCACCAUUCGAGAUGCUGAGCCCUAACUUCCGGGGCCUGGGCCAGCCUGACCUCCCCAAGGAGAUGGCUUCUCUGUCGGUGGAGACACAGAGCACAAGCUCAGAGGAGAUGGUUCCGAGCUCAGAGGAGAUGGUUCCCAGCUCGCCUUCGCCCCCACCACCUCCUCGGGUCUACAAGCCAUGCUUCGUGUGCAAUGACAAGUCCUCUGGUUACCACUAUGGGGUCAGCUCAUGUGAAGGUUGCAAGGGCUUCUUCCGACGAAGCAUCCAGAAGAACAUGGUGUACACGUGUCAUCGAGAUAAAAACUGUAUCAUCAACAAGGUGACCAGGAAUCGCUGCCAGUACUGCCGGUUACAAAAGUGCUUUGAAGUGGGCAUGUCCAAGGAAGCUGUGCGGAAUGACAGGAACAAGAAGAAGAAAGAGGUGAAGGAAGAAGGGUCACCGGACAGCUAUGAGCUGAGCCCACAGUUAGAAGAGCUUAUCACCAAGGUCAGCAAAGCCCAUCAGGAGACCUUCCCCUCGCUCUGCCAGCUGGGCAAGUACACCACGAACUCCAGUGCAGACCACCGUGUACAGCUGGAUCUGGGGCUGUGGGACAAAUUCAGUGAGCUGGCCACCAAGUGCAUCAUCAAAAUUGUGGAGUUUGCCAAGCGGUUGCCUGGUUUUACAGGGCUCAGCAUCGCUGACCAAAUCACUCUUCUCAAGGCUGCCUGCCUGGACAUCCUGAUGCUACGGAUCUGCACAAGGUACACCCCAGAGCAGGACACCAUGACAUUCUCCGAUGGGCUCACCCUGAACCGGACCCAGAUGCAUAAUGCUGGCUUCGGGCCUCUCACAGACCUCGUGUUUGCCUUUGCUGAGCAGCUGUUGCCACUGGAGAUGGAUGACACAGAGACGGGGCUGCUCAGUGCCAUCUGCCUCAUCUGUGGAGACCGCAUGGACCUGGAGGAACCUGAGAAGGUGGACAAGCUUCAGGAGCCACUGCUGGAAGCCUUGAGGCUAUACGCCCGGCGCCGACGGCCCAGCCAGCCCUACAUGUUCCCAAGGAUGCUCAUGAAGAUCACCGACCUCCGAGGCAUCAGCACCAAGGGUGCAGAAAGGGCCAUUACUUUGAAGAUGGAGAUUCCAGGCCCAAUGCCCCCGCUAAUCCGAGAAAUGCUGGAAAAUCCUGAAAUGUUUGAGGACGACUCCUCACAGCCUGGCUCCCACCCCAAGGCCUCCAGUGAAGAUGAGGCCCCCAGGAGCCAGAGCAAAGGAAGCCGGAGCCCCCAGCCUGACUAGGGCCCCUGACCUCCUCUGUGUGGGGUUGGGCUUCCGGCAGCAGACUGACCAUCUCCUGGACACCACCAGUGACUGGGGGAGGACCUGUUCUGCCUUCUCACCACCCUUCCAACAAGCUCCUUGUUUUGCCAAAGUUUCUGGGGGGCUGGUGCCUCCAUGUUCAUCCCUUCCUGCUCUGAUGGCUCUGCUCCUGUCCUGGGAGCCUGCCCUGCUUCCAUCAGGAGAAGGGACAGAGGAGUGAGCCUGGGUAUGAACUAUAAAAUCUCAUCACUGCCCCUCAGAUACCAGGGUCCCAGGUUCCCCAGGCUAGGAGGAAGGCCCUGUCAUCCCAUAGCCCCUUCCUCUGCUGGGUGCUUGGGCCUCUGGGAGCAAACAGGAACACUAGAGAUCAUAACGGGGGUCCAGGUGGGCUGAGCCCACCCUCUUGCCCCUGCCCUUGGUGCCUAAUGCUGUGUGAUGCAUCUACUGGUGCACGCUGCCCUUGUGCCCAGUUCUCACGCCAGGUGGGGGGGCAGGCUGGGCCCUGCAUUUCUGGAGUGACACUUGAGAAUGAAAAGGAUGCAGGUCCAUUCUGCACCUCUUUGCUGGGGUGCAGUGUUUACCCAUACCUUCCGUUAUAAGCCCCUCCCCCAGCAUUGUCAAGUGCCUUGGGCUCCUCCUGACCCCCAUCUCAGCCAUUGGGCAGGGACCCUCUACACUACAGAAGGGCCAAGGAUCCCUCUUCUCCUAGUGCCUUCCACCCUUAACCCCCAGAGCAGCUUGGCCCAGGAGGGGAGUUGCUGCUUAGCUGAUCCCACCCUGACCCAGAGGAAGCCUCUAUUUAUUUAUUAGCUUUUGUUUACACCCUGGAAUGACCCUUUCUCUAGGGGUCUUGGCAGGGGGGCCCCAGGACCUCUGUGACCCCUCCUUCCUCCAAUCCCCAGUUUGUAUUUAGCUGCCAAAUAAGAUUCCCGCUGGCUCCCCUUUUUCUCUGGGGGGUCAGGGUGCUGUCCCCGCCCCUCUGUUUACAUCUCCCCUCCGUCCCUCUGUAUCGCGUCUGCGUAUUGCUGAGUUUUCU